AACCUCCAUUUUUGAAGUUGCGCCAGAAGGCAUCCUUCUUUCCACUCCACCUGCGAUCCUUUUUUCUGUCUUUAUCUCCCGCUUCAUUUCUUCUCUACAGACUGUUCUCUCUCUACCUUCUUCCUACUCCUUUUACAUCUCUCCCUGUCUCUCUGUGGUCAUGGCUGCUCUUUUCAGACUGUUUUCUCCUCCUCCGGUCAUCACCGCUUUUCAGCCCAUUCAUUUUCCCCUUCCUCUAUUCUCCUCCCCAAAAAUCGACACAAAUUCAAGAAAAUUUCGUCACAGAAUCUCAGUCAGUAAGUUCGGUAACUUCCUUGAUUUGAACCCUGAAUCAAAGCCAGAUUUCUUGGAUUUUGAUCUCCCUUGCUUCCACUCUUCUGAUCGCUCCCUCUUUGAUGUCAUCGUUAUUGGCACCGGCCCUGCCGGUGCUCGUCUUGCGGAGCAACUCUCAACGCGUGGAAUCAAGGUAUGUUGUGUCGAUCCUUCUCCACUUUCUAUGUGGCCUAACAACUACGGAGCUUGGGUUGAUGAGCUUCACAGCCUAGGGCUUGACGAUUGUUUUGACCGAAUAUGGCCGCUUUGUUCUGUAUUUAUUGACGAUAGCAACAUUAAAUUCUUGCGUCGACCUUAUGGCAGAGUUAGUAGGAAGAAACUGAAGACGAAAUUAAUAGAGAAUUGCGUUGUCAAUGGGGUUAAAUUCCACAAGGCCAAAGUUUGGAGAGUAGAUCAUAAGGAGUUUGAAUCUUGUGUUGUAUGUGAUGACGGCAACGAAAUUAGGGGAAGCUUGGUCGUUGAUGCAAGUGGAUUUGGUUCUACUUUUAUAGAGUACGAUAAGCCAAGGAAUUGUGGGUAUCAGAUUGCUCAUGGUAUUUUAGCCGAAGUGGAAACUCACCCCUUUGAUUUGGAUAAGAUGGUUUUUAUGGAUUGGAGAGAUUCCCAUCUGGGAAACGAGCCUUAUUUGCGCGCUAGCAAUUCAAGAUUCCCAACCUUUUUGUAUGCUAUGCCAUUUGCCUCAGACCUGAUAUUUUUGGAAGAGACUUCUCUGGUUAGCAGACCAGCAUUGUCUUAUAUGGAAAUUAAGAGAAGAAUGGUAGCUAGACUCAGGCAUUUAGGAAUUAGAGUGAAGAGGGUAUUGGAGGAUGAGAAGUGCUUGAUUCCAAUGGGAGGUCCUCUCCCUAAAAUCCCUCAAAAUGUGAUGGCUAUAGGUGGGAAUUCAGGGAUUGUUCACCCUUCAACCGGGUACAUGGUAGCUCGAACGCUGGCUUUAGCCCCGGUGGUGGCAGAUGCGAUUGCGGAGUGCCUUGGCUCCACAAGAAUGAUCAGGGGUAGGCCACUUCAUUAUAGGGUAUGGAAAGAGUUGUGGCCAAUUGAGAGGAAAUAUGCCAGGGAAUUCUAUUGCUUUGGUAUGGAGACCCUGUUGAAGCUGGAUUUAAAUGGAAGUAGGAGAUUCUUUGACGCUUUCUUCGGUUUAGAUCCUGAUUAUUAUCAUGGAUUCCUCUCCUCAAGAUUGUCUUUGAGAGAACUUUUUGGAUUGAGCUUAUCUCUUUUCAUCCGAGCUUCAAAUUCUUCCAGGAUGGACAUUGUCACCAACUGUCCUGCACCUCUAAUCAGGAUGGUGGGUAAUCUUGCUCUGCAACCCUUUUAAGUGUGGUGAGGGAUUGCAA